GCCGUGGACACGUAAACACGCGCGCACGCUCCCGGAACGCAUCCCCCAUCCCCCCACCCGCCCGCAACCGACACGCGCACUGCAUUUCGACACGCGCACACAUGCAGACAUUAGGCAGGUUACAAAUACUGACUUAUAAAUGCAGUGUUUAUUUACAUGUGGCGUUGUCGCCCAGGGAUAACCUUGCGGUGCGUGAGUGUGCGCUCCUGGUGCAUCGCGACGUCUGCAGCCACUGACCCAAAGUUGAACCCAGCCGCGCACACACACACACGCAAAGAUAUCAUUUUUAUAACAUGGACGCGCGCAGGGCGAGGGCGAGAGAGCGAGAGAGAGAUGGUGGGGGUUGAGAGUGAGAGCAGGUUAAAGUCUUCUUGGAGAUUAGGAAGAAGUUCACUGCUGAAAGUAGCCCAAUAAAAACUGGGAGUCAAGCUGAGGUCAACGCAGGUUUCCAGAAAGUGUUCAUCUUGAUUUCAUUUUGAAUGACAAAAUCUGUGAACUAAUUUGAUUUUACUUUUUAGAAAAUAAUAAGGGCAAAGAUGUCUACACAGGGUUGUGCAAAGUAUUUACUGACAUUGAAAUCAUUAAUUUGACUAUAUGUUCAACCUAUAUUGAAUUGAAUACUGAUCAACUUUAUUGUUUUAGCAAAUAAUCACGAACUUGGAGUAUUAUGGCUGCAACACGUUCCAAAAAAGAUGGGACAGGGUCAGGUUUACCACUGUGUUACACAUCACCGUUUCUUUGAAUAACAUUCAAUAAACGUUUGGGAACUGAGGACACGAAUUGUUGAAGCUUUGUCGGUGGAAUUCUUUGCCAUUCUUGCUCGAUGUACAGCUUCAGCCGUUCAACAGUCCGAGGUCUCCGUUGUCGUAUUUUACGCUUCAUAAUGCGCCGCACAUUUUCAGUGGGAGACAGGUCUGGACUGCGGGCAGGCCAGUCUCGUACCCGCACGUGCAGAAUGUGGUUUGCCAUGGUCUUGCUGAAAUAAGCAGGGGCGUCCAUGAAAAAGAUGUCGCUUGGAUGGCAGCAUAUGUUUCUCCAAAACCUGUAUGUACCUUUCAGCAUUAAUGGUGCCUUCACUAACACGGCCCCAUAACAUCACAGAUGCUGGCUUUUGAACUUUGCGUCCAUAAAAAAAAAAGCAAUUUGAAAUUUGGACUGGUCGGACCAAAGAACACUUUUCCACUUUGCAUCGGUCCAUCUUAGAUGAUGUUCCAAACAGGUGUUCGAUGAGCAUUCCUCAACUUUUUUUCGCCACCUGUCCCAUCUUCUCUGGAACGUGUUGCAGCCAUAACAUUCUCAGCUCAUGAUUAUUUGCUGAAAACAAUCAAGUUGAUCCGUUUGAACAUGAACUAUCUUGUCUUUGGAGUGUAUUCAAUGGAACAUGCUUUGCACAUCAUUGGAUUGUGUUUUGAUUGAUGUUUAACACAACGUCCCAACUUCAUUGGAAUCGGGGUUGUACACUGCACGGUACUUUCGGCGUAUUCUGGCACGCGUCUAAAAAAAAUAAUACUGCAUAAUAUAUAGUAUAUGAAGCGUCAAAACCCAAUAUAGCAGCUUUUCUGAUGCAGUGUGCUCCCCAAUCGCUUGGUGUGUGGUGAAGAGUUGCCGAUUGAAAUUGGUCCACUUCAGUUUUUUGGACCCUUCCUCUCCAAGUGCAUUUGCGAGGUCCCACGCCGAUGUCGGACAAGAAGGCUCCCGAGUAUGAGGCCGAAGGUGUUGAUUUCGGCUUGAGGUCGGGUCAAACUCCUUUUUGUUAUUAUUAUUAUUAUUAUUUUUUAAAUUGUUUACAUUUGAUUUACUUGUUUUAAAUCUCAAAUUUGACGGGUGCUGGGAUUCAAUUUAGCGGUACUUGAGCAUAUAUGGUUGCAAGGAAAUAAAAACAAAUAUAUAGCAGACGUUGCAGUAAAAUAAGAGCAGAAAGGUGGGGGGGGGAAGGUGUGAAUGACACCCAGGGAGAAGGAUUAAGAGGUUGAGCGAAGCAUCUGCAACCGUGCUUUGGUCCUGCUGAUCCUCCAAGCAGGACUCCCAGCCAAGCUCAUGAGAGUGUAAACGAGCAACGCGCUUCUUUUGUCACCUUUUGUGCGUGCGUGCGUGCGUGCGACAGGAGGGAAGGAUUAAAAAGAUGUGCGAGGAAGGGCCGGGCCGGGCCGGGCCGGGGGGCGGGGCCCAGCGACACCCACAAUUAAAGAUGAACUUUGAGUGAACUAAAUGAUCUUCGGGAGGAGAAGGUCCGCUAUAAAAGGCGGGCCGGGAGCGGCCGGCAGCCUCACUCGCUCGACGGCCAUGGCUCCGAGCACGCUGCUGGCGACCUCGCUGUGCACCGUCGUGCUCCCCGUUCUGCUCUUCCUGGUGGCGGUCAAGCUGUGGGAGGUGUACAUGAGCCGGGGCCGCGAUCCCAGCUGCGCCAGCCCGCUGCCCCCCGGCUCCAUGGGCUUGCCCUUCUUCGGGGAGACGCUGCAGCUCAUCCUGCAGAGAAGAAAGUUUCUGCGCAUGAAGCGGCAGAAGUACGGCUACAUCUACCGGACUCACCUCUUCGGGAACCCCACGGUGCGCGUGACCGGCGGCGACAACGUCAGGCAGAUCCUCCUGGGGGAGCACAAGCUCGUGGCCGUCCGGUGGCCCGCGUCCGUGCGCACCAUCCUGGGCUCGGACACGCUGUCCAACGUGCACGGCGCGCAGCACAAAACCAAGAAGAAGGCCAUCAUGCGGGCGUUCUCCCGGGAGGCGUUGGAGCUCUACAUCCCGGUCAUCCAGGAGGAGGUCGGCGCCGCGGUGGGAGACUGGCUGGCGAGGGAUUCCCGCGUGCUGGUGUACCCGGAGAUGAAGCGCCUGAUGUUCCGCAUCGCCAUGAGGAUCCUCCUGGGCUUCCGGCCGGACCAGAUAAAGAGCGACGAGAGGCAGCUGGUGGAGGCGUUUGAGGAGAUGAUCAAAAAUCUCUUUUCUCUGCCCAUUGAUGUUCCUUUCAGUGGAUUGUACAGGGGUCUUAAAGCUCGGAACUUCAUCCAUUCCAAGAUAGAGGAGAACAUCAAGAAGAAGAUACAAGAGUCCCCGAAAGAGUCCAAACACGGAGACGCUCUGCAGCAACUCAUUGACAGCUGCAGCAAGAACGGCGAGACGUUUAGCAUGCAGGCUAUCAAAGAGUCCGCGACAGAACUGCUGUUUGGGGGCCACGAAACCACCGCCAGCACAGCCACCUCUCUGAUUAUGUUCUUGGGCCUCAACCCUGAAGUGGUGGAAAAAAUGAGGCAGGAACUGAUGGACAAGGAGGAGCAAGGGAUGCAACUCCGGAAUUUGAACAUGGAGUCUUUGGAGCAGUUGAAAUAUAUCGGUUGCGUGAUUAAAGAGACGCUGAGGAUUAACCCUCCUGUCCCCGGAGGCUUCAGAGUGGCACUGAAGACUUUCGAACUCAACGGAUAUCAAAUUCCCAAAGGUUGGAACGUCAUCUACAGUAUCUGCGACACCCACGACGUGGCGGACAUCUUCCCCAACAAAGAAGACUUCCAGCCAGAUCGCUUCAUGACGAAAGCUUCCGCAGACUCCUCGAGGUUCCAGUACAUUCCCUUCGGCGGGGGCUCAAGGAUGUGCGUCGGGAAGGAGUUCGCCAAGGUCCUGCUGAAGAUCUUUCUGGUGGAAGUGGUCACCAAGUGUCACUGUACUCUGUUGAACGGGCCACCCAUGAUGAAAACGGGACCGACCGUUUAUCCCGUGGACAAUCUGCCGACCAAGUUUACCCGCUAUGUUCAAAAUUAAAUGAAACUCGCGUUCUCAAUCGGCGGAGGCUAAAACGUUCUCGAGAGUCGCAAAUGAUCGUUUUGACCUAAAAAGAAACUAUUUGGGAGCGCUCGGGUGUUCCGAGGAACCUCACCGAGUAGUCCCCCGUUGUUUUGAUUUUGUAUUUUUUUUUUUCAAUGACCUGUACAUACUGUAAAUAUUUGGAAAGCAUUUUAUAUUGUGAUGUGGUGGAUUUGUAUAUAUCUUCUUUUUUUUUUAAAGAUGAGAUCAAACUAAACGAGAGGCACUAUCACACAUUGGAACACUUUAAUCAGCUCAGUGGUGUAUCUUUAGGAUUGUGUACAUAUACUGCAUGUAGAGUUUGUAUCUUUAACGUCAACUUAUUUAAGUGAUGCUACGUUGUAUUGGCUUUUUAUUUAAUAAAACCUUUUUUUUGCGGAU